ACACGCGUCAUUUCCUGCCAAAGUUCAACGCGGGUUCUUGCUAGCACGCAGAGAGUUUGAGAUGACCAGAAUAAAUUCAUUAAUUCUCCAUUAAUCACUUAAUUAACUACAUAUUUACUUGUUAUUGUUCUUGGCGACGCGAGCGGGACGCUUUGUAAAGAUGGGAGACGAUCCGGACUCCAUUCCAGAGAGAGAGAUGAAGGACUUCCAGUUCCGUCAGAUGAAGAAGAUCCGUGUGUUCGAGUCGUCUGCUGAUCUGCCUAAAGAGCGCUCCAGUCUUCUCUCCAUCUCCAACAAGUACGGCCUGACGUUCGUCGGCAGAGACCAAACGCUCAAGGUGUUCUGGACGAGAGACGUCAUCACCGCCGGACGGCAGGAGGGAAACCCCAACGACACCGUCGAGUGCCCGAGUGCUGUCACGGUGACUGUUGACAUGGUGAUGCAUCACAUGGCCCUGAGCAGCGAUGAGCUCACGCUGUCCGUGUGCGGUGUGGGCGGCGCCGCUGGCCUCACGCUGGACUUCUACGACGUCCGCACCUUCCUGAACAAGGACAGACAGGAGAAGCGUCCCUUCACCUCCUUCAGACCCUCGGCCGCUCCGGACACGCUGGUCCAGGAUCUGAAGUGGAGUCCGGUGGAGGCGUUCCGUCUGGCCGCGUGUUUGUCCGACGGCAGUAUGAUGGUGCUGGACGUGCAGGACUCUGUCAGUGUGGUCGCUCAGCUCCCGGCCUCCACGGGAAUCACCUGCGUUUGCUGGAGUCCCAAAGGGAAGCAGGUGUCUGCUGGGAAACAGGACGCCACAGUGGUUCAGUUCACUCCUACCUUACAGGCCAAGAAGGUGAUCCCCUGUCCCAGCUUCUACAGCCAGGAUCACCCCGUCAAAGUGCUGGACGUGUUGUGGCUCAGCACAUAUAACUUCGCGGUGGCGUACGCAGCGGCUGAUGGAUCUCUGGAGACGCCGCCGGAGCUGGUGGUGGUGUCGCUGCCUAAAAAGGAUGAGAAGAGAGGCGAACGCUAUCUGAACUUCAACGACCUGGUGUACGGCACCUGCACCGAGAGGCAGCAUCACUACUACCUGACCCAUAUGGAGGACUGGGAUCUGGUCUUAGCCGCAUCCGCCGCUGCGAUUGAGGUCAGCAUCAUCGCUAAACAAGAGGACAAGGUGAACUGGGAGCUGUGGAUUCUGGAAGACGCCAGUCGAGCGGAGCUGCCAGUCACAGAGAACAGCGAGGACACACUUCCUGUGGGCGUGGCCAUCGAUUACACCAGCCAGGAGGACAUUCAGCUGUCUGAUGAGAAGAGGUUGCCUCCAGCACCGACGCUGAUGCUGCUGUCUACAGAUGGAGUCCUGUGUCCUUUCUCUUUACUGAACCUCAACCCAGGGGCAAAACAGCUGACCGUGGCUGCCGUCCCGCUGCCCGAGGAUGGAGAGAGAGCACCUGCCGCCGAGUCGUCCUUCUCUGCUGCUCCCGUCUCAGCCGCGUCCUCCAUCUUCCCAUCUUUCUCUGCAUCUUCUGGCACAGCCCCGCCCCCAGCCACAUUAUCCUUCACAGCCCCGCCCCCAGCGGCCUCGUUUUCCUUCUCUCUUCCUCCUAUGGGCUCUGCCGCACCCUCAGGCUUCUCACUUGGCUCCACCGCGGGGGGUUUCUCCUUUGGUGCUCCCAAAACGUCCUCCUCCGACGCUUCUGCCUUCUCCUUCGCUUCUUCCGCGCUGAAGGAGGUCAGCGGUGCUCCGGCGUCCGCUCCUCCUCAGCAUCUGCCCACCGUGUCUCCCAUCAUCAGCGGCCCCAAAGCCCCGGCGGAGCCUGCCACGCCUGCCGUCAGGACGAACCUCGCUGACAGGUUUUUGGCGGUGGACUCUAUGACGUCAGUCGCACCUGCUGGCCCGCCGUUCUCUUUGACCUCCACACCCAAACCCCCAGCAGCGGAGGUCAGCGGUCUGACGGGAGCGCAAAACCAGCUCAAACCAGCUGCUCCUGCAGUGUUGACACGGAGUGUCGUUCCUCCAGCCGCUCUGCAGAAACCAGCUGCAGUCGCCCCUCCUGCGUCCAGCGCUCCGUCUGCGCAGGCCGUGACAAUGAAAGCCCUGGAGAAACACCUGCAGCAGAAGAAAGACUCGGACCCCGUCAUGACAGGAAUACUGGAGGAGAUUGCCCACUUUCAGAAGGAGCUGGACGAUCUGAAGACCCGCUGCAGAAAUGCUGAUUUCAGGGUGGGCAGCACAGACGACAUGAAAGACCUGAGGAAAGACUCUGAGAACUUGCACGACUUCACCCUGGAGAUCAAAGACACCACGGAGUCUCUGCACGGCGACAUCAGCGCGCUGAAGACCAGCCUGCUGGAGGGCUUCGCCGGAGCGGAGGAGGCGCGAGCUCAGAGCGAGCUCAACCGAGACAAAGACUACCUCCAGCUGCUCUACAAGAAACCUCUGGACCCGCGGCGAGAGGAGCAGCUCAAGGAGAUCCGACGCUUGUACCAGUACGUGAAGUUCGCCAUGGAGGACGUGAAUGACGUUUUAGACGUGGAGUGGGAGAAGCACUUGGAGAAGAAGAAGAAACAGAGGCACAUGAUCGUCCCUGAGAGAGAGGCUCUGUUUGCAGCGCUGGCCAAUAAUCUGGACAUCAUCAAUCAGCAGAAGCAGCGUCUGGACCGUCUGGCGAGUGACCUGCACAAGCUGAGACUCUACAGAGGGACGUCAGUGUGGAGCUUCGCCAGCCGGACGCCCUCCACACCCUCCGAACAGAGUCUGGACAGUGAACUGGAGAGUUUGAAGGAUGCUCUUCUGAAGGCCAGUCUGGAAACGGCACCCAAAACUCCUGCCAAAUCACCAUCUAAAAUGACCCCAGCCAAACAGUCUCAGCUGAGGAACUUCCUGUCAAAGAGACAGACUCCACCGGUGCGCUCCACCGCUCCAGCCAACCUGUCGCGGUCAGCCUUCCUGUCUCCUCAGUUCUAUGAGGAUCUGGAUGAGGUGAGCUCCAGCUCGUCUCUGUCUCAGCCUCUGGAGCCCGAGGACACGCUGGCGGUGGCCGAGGAAGAGGACGAGCCAGUGCCUGUCCCGGUGCUGACACCCGCCGUCCCACGACACCCCGCCGUGGUCCGAACACCCUCCAUACAGCCGGGCUUCAGCAUGCAGUCCAGUCCGUUCAGCAGAGUCCAGACCGGCCCCGUACCCGUCAUCGGCGCCGGUGAGGCUCAAUGUCAAUCAAAACGCAUCAAAUAAUGCACGUUUUUUUGGUCGUUAAUGUCUCUUGAACGUGUUGCAGCUCCGAAGAUAAACAUGGACAGUGCCGACAGCACAGCGCUAGCCACAAAAACUGUGAAGCAUGGAGCUCCGCCCACAGAGAAGACCACACCCACUACAGUCCCCGCUACUCAGGCUGCAGGAAGAGCCGCCCUUAGCAGACACAUGACCAGCCAGAAACCAGGAGCGUCUUUGACCGAGUCCACGCUCAAGACGGUUCCUCAGGUGGUGAACGUACAGGAACUGAAGGAUAAAGGUCCGCCCAUACCGGUGUCCACUGUGAUCAGUGCAUCUGUUCCAGCGCCGGCGGCUCAGGUGGUUCAGCAGGUUCUGGCUACGGUGGAGGCCAAUAAAAGUUCCUUUCAAGGUGCGUUAAAGGUCCCAGCGCCGCUGGCAGGUCCGGCCCAGACCACAUCAUCUAGUUUUGUGUUUGGUGGAGCAGCUAAACCUGAUGCAGGAGCAUCUUUAUCUGUCAGUGAGAAGAACUCAAAGGGCUUCUCAUUUUCUCCAGCGUCAGCUGGGUUCAGUUUUGCACCUCAAUCACAGGACACCAACAACACUCAAGCGAAGAGUUCUGGCCUGCCAGGCAAGUUCUCUUUUGCAAGCACUACGGGACCAAAGAUGCCAUUUGGCCCCGUGGGGUCUGAGGAGCCUUUUUCCUUCUCUCCAAAAUUGGCUUCUCCUGCACAGAGCGUGAGCUCCUCUACACCACCUCCGGAGCCACCUAAAAUCCCUCAAGCUCCCAAAGCCCAAGGCAAUGCUGGAGAAACUCUUGGCUGCUUUUCCGGCUUAAGAGUGGGCCAAAGUGAAGAAGUCAAGGAUGCCUCCAAGACCGCCCUAAGUUUCACAUUUGGACCACCUGGCAACGGAUCUACAGGAUUCGCAUUCGGUUCUGCGCCAAUCAAGCCUGCAGAAACUGGAAGUUCAACAGAAUUAGCAAGCGCCACAACAGAGGCUCCAAAGACGACUACACCACAAGUGCUCGGCACAUCUACGUUUGCCGUUAAACCACAGGAGGGAACGGCUCCCUCAAUAAAGCCAACUUUCAGCAUCCCCUCGACGACAUCUUUUUCACCAGUCGCCACCUCUUUCGGCAGUCUUCUGCGUGCACCUCUACAAGAGACGGCGACUCUUCCAGCAAAGUCCCUCCAGCCAGAGACGACGACUUCACCUGAGUCGACUCCCACCGUUGAUACUGAACCUAAAGAACCUCCAGAACCCAGUCCUAAACUGCUAACCUUAAGUGCUCCAGUUGUAUCGGUCGCUGAAGCCACUGUUCCCACCAGUACCGAGACCACUGCAGUGCCUUCCAACAAGCCCCCAACUCCUCCAACUCUCGAGGUCUCACCCACACCACCUCCAUCAGUUACCCCACCAUCCGAGACACCAACACCUGUCUCCGAGCCUCCUGCAGCAGAGCCUGUCUCUGAGCCUGCCGUUGAGACCACCAGCACUUCCACAGCCGCUCCUGCACCCCAAGAGACUCCAGUAACUUCAGCCCCAACGUCCGACAAACCAGGCUCAAUCUUUGCCCCACCGUCGGGCGGCACAGACAGUCUAGCAGUAGGAGCCAUCGGUUUCACCACAGCCGUCACUACGGCGGCCUCCUCCACCCCAUCCGCAGCCAUUACCACCAGUGCAGCUCCUACCUCGGUCUUCGGACAACCCUCGUCCGCUGCUCCGACUACAGCGUUCGGAUCGACCGCUUUUGGCGCCAGUUCUACCACCUCUGGCUUCGGCAGUCUUGCCUUCGGACAGAGUGCUGGUACUGGGUUCGGCCAGCCUGCAGCCUCUGGAUCUGCUAGCAGCUUCUCUUUUGGUCAACCGGCAUUUAGCGCAAGUUCUGGGUUCGGGCAGCCAGCUGCGACAGCCACCACAUCGGCAGCAGCCAGCAGUGGAGGAGGGCUGUUUGGAGCCUCUAACGCCAACAGUGCCAGUUCCUUCUCCUUCGGAGCAAACGGCACCAGCUCUGCAGCCAGCACUGGCAGUGGGCUCUUUAGCCAAAGUGCUCCUGGCUUCGGACAGCCCAGCGCAGGCUUUGGCCAGGGAUCCAUGUUUGGCAGCAACACCACCACAGCGUCGUCCUCUGGGUUCGGUUUUGGACAACCAUCAGGGUUCGGCAGCAGCACUUCCACCUCGUCUGUGUUUGGACAGCAGGCCAGCGGAGCCGGCGUCUUUGGACAGGCUCAGUCCGGUGGAAGUCUGUUCGGCUCGAACGCUGGAAACACUUCCUCGGGAUUUUUCAGUGGUCUUGGAGGAAAACCCAGUGAAGACGCUGCCAACAAAAACCCGUUCGGAGCGCCAACUGCUGGAGGAUUCGGCCAACCCAUUAAUACAGGUUCCUCUAACCUGUUUGGGAACAGCGGAGCGAAGGCCUUCAGCUUCGCCAGCAGUUCGUUCGGGGAGCAGAAGCCCAGCGGCUCGUUCAGUACCGGAGCAGGAUCUGUGGCUGCUCAGGGCUUUGGCUCCUUCUCUACACCAACCAAACCAGCUGGCUUCGGGAGCGCACCGGUGUUUGGCAGUCCUCCUACAUUUGGUGGAUCUCCAGCGUUUGGAGGGCCGGCGGGGUUCGGCUCCGCCCCUUCCUUCAGCAGUCCGCUGGGCGGCUCCUCAGGGAAGGUGUUCGGAGAGGGAACCACGGCCUCCAAUGUCGGGGGAUUUGGGUUCGCGUCUCCUCCUAACGCACCAUCGUUUGGCAGUCUAGCCAAUCCGAGCGCAGCGGCGCCGUCGUUCGGGAGCCUGGCACAGCAGCCAUCGGGGUUCGGCGCUCAGACCGGCGCUUUCUCCGGCUUCGGCUCGUCUGGAGGUUUUGGAGGCUUUGGGAACACCAACACCAACCAACCGUCGUCUCAGACGUUCAGCAGUUGGAGGAGUUGAUCAGCGGACACUGACUUCCACAGACACGCGCGUCAUCCGAUGUGAUUUUAUAGUGUGUUUGAAUAUGCCGUGAGGUUUGGUCAUCUUUAGGUGUGCUGAUGUUUUAUGUUCGGUGCGUUUGUUCUGUUUUAACCUGCACAAUGAGAAAUAAACUCGAGCGCUGUUGACUGUA